CACCCACCCACACCCACACCCACCCCAAAUUAAUCAAUACACCAAAUUUCGAAUCACCACCUGAUGAUCGAUGGUUGGAAAUAAGUUUUCCUACAUUUAAUACAUUAACAUUAGAAAGUGUGAAUCGUAAUUUAUAUGUUUAUCCAAAACGAACUGGUUUCAACCGACGUAAGCAUGGUAAUUUCAAUGUGUUUGAUUUGUUAGCAUUAAAUGAACCAGAAAGUAAUCAAAAUAUUCGUUUAUAUCAUGGUACAGAUGUUGAAUCGAUCAAAAAAAUUUGUCAGUACGGUAUUAAUUUAUAUGCAUCUCAUCGUCUCGGAUCAGAUUUUGGGCCGGUUGAAUUGUUAUGUUUUUUAGAUGCUUUAUAUGUAGCAAAUAAGAAAGGUUUACGUAAUCAAACACUUGGUGGUGUAAUAUGUUUUCAACUUGGUGAAAGUGAAUUAUCUCAAUUUAAGAUUCAAGAACUUACCGAAAAGUUGGAGCAAUGUAAUGAUCCUCUGGAAUGGUCGAAUUUUGUUAAGCUAUGUCGUCGUCGUUUUCAUGAAUAUCCACAUAUGCUGCGACGGGAUGCAUUUCGUGGUGCAAUUUGCAACAAUGCUGAACGUGUUCGGCUAUUCGAGAACGAACGACCGGUGCCAAGGGUCAUCGAUUACAGAAAGCCAAUACAAAUACGCAUCAAAAGUACAAAUAUGGCAUGUAAAUUAGAGGAUGCAAUUAUGGGAAUUCAUUUAUCGAAUGGUCAAUUAGAUAAUUUAUCAUAUGAUCGACGUGAAAGAGUUUAUUCCGAUAGUUCAACUGAUAAUAUAAAUUUCAAUCGAACAAAUCCAUUAUAUCUUUCACGGUAUCGUAAUUCUUGUUGGUUUCGUUGUCGAACAUCAUCAUCAUCAUCUAAUGAAUAUAAUUCAUCAAAUUUAAACGAUAAAAUUUCAUCAUUAAAUUCUAUAACGCUAUAUGCUCGUUUGAAACGCUUUACUGAACGAUUACUUGAAUUAGAACGUAAAGUACAUCAAACUGUUUUUGAAAAUAAAUGUGAUCAAAACAUUUCAUCAAAAACGGAUAAUUCAAUUGAAAAAAAUCGAUCGAUCGUUGAAAAAAAACGACGAUCAAUUAUCUUCAAAUUUAAAGUUCGUCGUAUUCAAAGUUAUCCACAAUUAAGAAAAAAACCCUUGAAUCAUAUUCCAUUACGUAAAAUAAAAACACUGUCAGCUAUUAAAUUCUUAACAAUGGAAUCUCAAUCUCAUUCAUCGUCUCAUUUGCCAUUUCCAAUAACAAAUAAAAAUAUUCUUCAAGAAAGAUCAACUCCUGUUGUUAAAGAAAAACAAAUUUCAUUUGAAGUUAAUACAAAUAGUUAUAAUAGAAAAGUUCAAGUUAAAACAAAACAAGAAGAAACAAAAUGUACAACUAAAAAACUUACAUCUCCUAUAUCACCACCUAUAGUUACUCGGAUUAUUAAAACUGAAACACUAAUUUCAUUAUCUUGUGUUAGUGUAAAUCAACGAAGACGAUCUUCAAUUUCAAAUAGUUCUAUACAAAGUGUUCGUGUCAGUGUCAGUUCAUUACCUCAUAGAAAGGAAUUGGAAAUGUCAAUAAAAACAAAAUUUUCUUUUCCAUCUUCUUCAAAAAUAACUUCAAAUGAAGGAACUUCAUUAAAAGAUGAUUCUUAUUCAUCAACAAUAUCAAAUUUUGUCUCAGAAAAUCUUGUUGAACCAUCAAUAUUAGAUGACGAAGAAACAUUUGAUCGUCGAUCUCUACUUGAUUUUAUUAGUGAAUUGAAUCGACGUCAUGCAUUAAAUCAAUCAUCAACAAUUCCUUCUCCUCCUCCUCCUUUUAAUAAUAAUGAUCAAUCAAUUAAAACAAGAACACUUUCACCAUCACCAACAGAUAUUCGACUACCAAAACCUUUAAGUCCUUUUAGACCAGUUAUUCUUCAUAGAAAAUAUCAAGAACAAAUUGGUCGUUUUGAAUUUGUCGAUGGUAAUGAAGAUUCAAUAUCAUCAUUUAGUCGACGUAAUAGUCGAGUUUCAGUUAUACGUAGUCAUACAUUUAAUAAUCCAAAUAAUGCUAAUUCAAAUUUAAUGAAAAUAUCUUCAGAUGAAAUAAAAUCAAAUGAAAAUGUAACAUGUCAAUCAACACCUGAAUUAAGUUGUUCGAAUGAAAGAGAAAGAGAAAGAAACUAG